AUGUCUGAGUCAGAGCACAACGUACAAGUUAAACCAGAGGUGCCCAACCUGGCAGUGAGCGAGGAGAUUCCACCACAAAGAGUUGAAAAUGAAGAAGAGGAAACAAAUAUUGACACAAAUCCUAACACCAGCAAGCGACAACGAGAGGAAGAGGAUGAUAAUAACAAUGGUGACAAUCAAUUAGGACUGGAAGAUGAUGACGAAGACGAAGACGACGAAGAUGAUGAAGAAGACGAUGUUGGAAGCAGAAAAAGAAGAAGAAAAAGAGGAGCUAACCAAUUCUUCGAUAUAGAAGCAGAAGUUGAUGAAGAAGAAGAGGAUGAAGUCGAUGAAGAUGAAGAAGAAGCAGAAAUACUUCGAGAGCAAUUCAUAAGUGAUGAUCAUGGAGCAGAUGAAGGACCUGAUAAUAGGGAUGAUAGAUUACAUAGACAAUAUGAUCGUCGUCGUCAAGAAGCAGAAGAUCAAGAUGCAGAGCAAUUAGCAGAAACUUUGAAACAAAGAUAUAGAAAAACUCAUUCUGUUUAUCGAGGAGAAACUGCAGCAAAUGGUACAGUAUCACAAAAAUUGCUUAUGCCAUCUAUCAAUGAUCCUUCAAUUUAUGCAAUAAGGUGUACUCCAGGAAGAGAAAAAGAUUUAGUGAGAAGGUUAUACCAAAAGAAAAGAACUUUGGAAAGACAAAAAUUGCCACUAGAUAUCUUGACUGUAUUUCAAAGAGACUCAUUCAGAGGAUACAUUUACAUAGAAGCAAAAAGACCCGAUGCAAUUGAUAAAGCUUUACAAGGAAUGGUAAACGUAUUUGUUAGAGAUAAAUUGUUAGUAUCAGUUAAAGAAUAUCCAGAUUUAUUAAAACAGGUCAAAUCUUCUGAUGUUGAAAUUAUACCAGGUAUUUAUGUAAGAAUAUCAAGAGGUAAAUAUAAAGGAGAUCUUGCAAUUGUUGAUAAUUUAUCAGAAAAUGGGUUAGACGUAAGAUGUAAAUUAGUUCCAAGACUAGAUUAUGGAAGAAAUGAUGAUUUUGACGCUGAUGGUAAAAGGAUAAGAUCUAAAAUCAGACCAUUACCAAAUUUAUUCAAUGCACAAGAUGCCAAGAUGCAUGAUGGACUCAAUUUACAACAAAAAGGUCCCAGAUCUUAUGUUUACAAAGGUGAAGAAUAUGAGGAUGGAUUUUUGUAUAAAGAUUUUAAGCUUCAAUAUAUUCAAACUAAAGAUGUACAUCCAACAUUAGAAGAACUCGAUAGAUUUCAAACAGGUGAAGAUACAGAUCAUUUGGAUUUAGGAGCUAUAGCUGCCUCGUUAAAAAAUCAUAAUCAAGCCGAUGGAAAGCAAUCCACUGCAUUUCAACCAGGUGAUAAAGUUGAAGUUAGAAGAGGAGAACAAGCCAGGACAGUGGGAGUGGUUGUUGAAGCAGCUUUAAAUGAAAUUAGAAUAACCGUCACUGAUAGUGGUGAUCCAAAAUUUGUAAAUCAAAAAUUAACUGUACCAGCAAAUGAUUUAAGAAAAAUAUUCAAUGAAGGUGAUCAUGUCAGAAUCGUAGAAGGUAAACAUUUUGAUGAAACUGGUUUAGUUAUUAAAAUUGAUGGUGAUUCAGUUGUUAUAGUUAGUGAUCAAACUAAAGAAGAUGUUCGUGUGUUUGCUAACUUUUUAGUUAAAGCUACAGAUGCUUCUUCCAAUGUUAAUGAUAAAAACUUUAAAUAUGAUAUAAAAGAUUUGGUUGAAUUAAGUGCUUCAACAGUUGGUGUGAUUGUUAAAGCGGAGAAAAAUAUUUUCAACAUUCUUACAUCUGAUGGAAGACUAAUAGAUGUAAAACCAACACAGAUUGCUUCAAAAAUUAAACAAAGUAGUCGAGAGCAGAUUGCUACCGAUAGAAAUGGAUUCACUAUCAAAGUUGGUGAUACUGUUAAAGAAGCAUUAGGAGAUAAAGCAAAAGAAGGUCCAAUAAUUCAUAUUUACAAAAAUUCAUUAUUCAUUAAAUCCAAUGAACUUGUUGAAAAUUUGGGUAUAUUUGUAACAAAUAGGAUGAAUGUUGAAACUGUAGCUACUAAGGAUUCUAUGGUGUCUAAAAAAUUUGGUCCAGAUUUAAGUGCCAUGAAUCCAUCGUUAAAGCUUCCAGAUCCAUUAGCAACUCAAGGCUUGAAAACUCGUGUUGGAGGAAGAGACAAAUUGUUAUAUAAAGAUGUUGUUGUUACAAGUGGAAGUUAUAAAGGUUUAAAAGGAAAAGUUACUGAAGCUGAUGAUUUAUAUGCUAGAAUCGAAUUACACACAAAAAGUAAAAAGAUUAAAGUACUAAAAAAUAAUCUUAAUGUAUUACUAAAAGAAAGAUCAGUGCCUUAUUUGAGAUUCAUUGGUGCAAACAUAGAUCAACCUCCUGCUGUAAAUUCAUUCAAUCAAAGUUCAAUUCCACAAUCUUCUGGUGAUAGAUCGGCAUGGAACGGUGGUGCAACUCCUUCUGUUGCAGGUGGAGCCUCUUCAUGGAAUUCAGGAAAUGGUACUUCUUGGGGAGGUGUUUCGGCAUGGGGUAGUGGAGCUGGAGGAGCUUCAGUUUGGGGUGACAAGGGUGGAGCAUCCGCAUGGGGCGCAGGUAAUACUAAUGGUGGAACGUCUGCUUGGGGUUCAGGUAAUACUGGAGGUUCUUCUACUUGGGGUGAAAGACCAGCAUCAACUUGGGGUAAUAAUCGAGGCGAUAAUUCAACUUGGGGUGGUAAUAGAGGAGGCAAUUCAACUUGGGGAAGUAAAGGUAAUGGUUCCACUUGGGGUGACAGUGGUCAAGGCGGUGGAGGCUCAGUAUGGGGAUCCAAAUCAAAUUCUGCUAGAAACGGUAACAAUAGUAGUUGGGGUAGUCGAUAG